CAUCACCUUACAUAGCUCCACGUCAAACAAAACGCGAUUCAGCCGAGAAGCCGCCUUGUCCGAUAAAAAAAAUAUUUUUUGGAGAUUUUGAUAAAGUUGUAGCGUACAAAUCCCAUUGCAAUGGUUAGCUUAAUUAAUACAGUGGAUACCGGGCACGAGGAUAUGAUACACAAUGCCGUUUUGGACUACUACGGCCUACACCUAGCUACUUGUUCUUCAGAUGGUUCUGUAAAAGUUUUCGACGUGAAAAACGGCAAUCAGAUAUUGGUUGCUGACCUCAAGGGUCACCAAGGGCCUGUGUGGCAAGUAGCUUGGGCGCAUCCCAAAUUCGGCAAUUUGCUGGCAUCUUGUUCAUACGAUCGCAAGGUUAUCGUGUGGAAGGAAGGUGCAUCGAAUGAUUGGACUAAAUUCUACGAGUACAACAAUCACGAUUCUUCUGUAAAUUCUGUCGCCUUUGCGCCCGCUGAAUAUGGUCUAAUACUGGCAUGUGGAAGCUCGGAUGGUUCGAUAUCCAUACUAACAUGCAACAUCGAAUAUGGUGUUUGGGACAGCAAGAAAAUAUCGAAUGCGCAUACUAUUGGUUGCAAUGCUAUUUCUUGGUGCUCGUCAACAGUACCAGAACCGGCAUUCGAUCAACGUGCUUCUACUCGUAAUACUGCCGUCAAGCGUCUGGCCAGCGCUGGUUGUGAUAAUUGCGUAAAAAUUUGGCGUGAAGAUGCCGAUCGCUGGGUAGAAGAAAAUCGACUUGAGGGGCACUCUGACUGGGUACGUGAUGUAGCUUGGGCGCCAUCAAUCGGGCUGGCUCGUUCACAAAUAGCUUCUGCGUCACAGGACCGCCAUGUAAUUAUUUGGAAUAGCACUGAUCUAACUACCUGGUCGUCUACAAUUUUGCAUACUUUUGAUGACGUGGUUUGGAGUGUUAGCUGGUCAAUGACAGGCAACAUUUUAGCAGUUACGGGUGGGGACAAUAAGGUGACACUGUGGAAGGAGAACAACGAAAACCAAUGGAUGUGUAUUAACGAUGAUGCGGCGUCUUCAAAUGCACAACAAAACGAACAGCGUACGCUAUAGAAUAGCAUGUACAGUUAUACAAAUCUACGACAGUGCGCAUAAAACCAAACGCAAAUAUGUUUAUUGCAAACCUAAUUGGGACAUUUAUUGCUACACAAAAAUCAAUACAGAUUAAAAAAUAGAUAUCUUAAA